CCACAAUUGGGUCUGGUUGGCUGUAGAACUUUGCGCCGUCGAAUGAAAUGAUCCAAACCCAAAAUCAGAGACGACUGAGCAAUUAUUCCCAAUCCCGCCGCCGCCGUGGAAUCCCUAAUCAUCAUGGUCACCGCCACUUCCCCCUCCUCCAAGCGCAAUAAACUGGCUCUCCACCACCACCACCACCACCGCCACCGCCACUGCCCCUCUCCGCCGCUCCUCCCCGGCCUCCCUGAUCACGUAGCCCAGUUAUGCCUCUCCCGCCUCCCCCCUUCCCUGCUCUUCUCCGUCAGCCGUUCAUGGCGGCGCCUCAUCUACUCCCCUGCCUUCCCCCCUUUCUUCUCCAUCUACGCCCUUCUUUCUUCCUCCCCCAAUUCCCUCGAUUUCUUCACCUUCGAUCCAAUCUCUUCGAAAUGGAACCGCCUCCCUCCGCCGCCUAAUCCUCCUCCUCUAGAUCUGAUGAUCCACCACCCCUCUUUCCUCUCCCGCCACCUCCCUGUUCAAUCUCUCGCCGUCUCCGGCCACCUCCUCCUCCUCGCCGCCACCACUCAAGACCUCCUCCCUGCCCUGCCUCGCCCUUUAAUCUUCUCCCCUGUUUCCAAUUCCUGGCAAUUCGGUCCUCCCCUCAUAACCCCACGUCGCUGGUGCGCUGCCGGCGCACUCCGGGGCUCCGUCUACGUCGCUAGCGGAAUUGGGUCGUUCUUCUCCACCGACGUCGCUCGCUCUGUUGAGAGAUGGGAUUUGAAAAAACCCAGAGGCGGAGGAGGAGGCGAUUGGGAGAAGGUGAAUGGAUUGAAGGAUCGGAGAUUUAGUAGAGACGCCAUUGAUGCUGUGGGGUGGAGGGGGAAGCUUUGUAUGGUGAAUGUGAAAGGGGAUGCGCCGAAAGAAGGGUUGGUUUUUGAUUUGGAGAGGGAUUUGUGGGAGGAGAUGCCGGAGGGGAUGGUCGGAGGGUGGAGAGGGCCGGUGGCGGCCAUGGAUGAGGAAGAGAUGUAUGUAGUGGAUGAAGGCGGUGGAUGUUUGAGAAGGUAUAAUCCGGUGGGGGAUUUGUGGGAACAAGUAAUUCAGUCUAGUAGGUUGAAAGGGGCGGUUCAGAUGGCGGCCGGCGGUGGCAGAGUCUGCGUCGUGUGCGGUGGAAGUAGAGGGGAAAUCGUGGUGGUGGACGUUGCAGCGUCGCCACCGUGGCUGAGAGUUGAGCCGACGCCGCCGGGGAUGGAGGUGGUCGCCGUCCACGUGCUGCCGAGAAUGAGUACACCGGAGUCAUGAUUCGCCGUCGGUUACAGCCGGAAGUGAUUUUUUUUUUCUCAUUUUUUUUCCUUCUUGUUUAUUACAUUGAAA